AUGUUUCAAUACGAGUGCCUUCAGUCCGGAGGCAAACCCGUCGGCUAUUGUGUUAACAGUUGGCUCGUCGGCAGCUGUUGUCAGUUACCGGUUAGGACUCCUUCAUCCACUACACCGUCUCCUCCAUCUCCUACCACACCAUUGACUACCACUACCUCUUCUACUACAAACCCAAUUACCACAACAAGCACCAGCUCAACCACAGCCUCCACACCUGUUAAUAUCACCACAAACACCACUAUCCCAAGUUCUACCACCAAUAGUAUUACGACAACCAACACGACAACCCCCAGUUCCACCACCACCACCACCAGCAGCACUACUACAACAGCCUCGACUGCUUUACCACCAAUUAUCACCCUACUCACUACUAGCUCAACAAAUUUCACCAUCCCGAGUGUUACCACAACCAGCACUACCACCCCCAGUAGUAUUAUUGCAAACACUAACUCCUAUAUCUGCAAACAUAAGCACAUCCACAUCACCACCGAUCACAACAACAACGAGGAGAUCUGCAAUGGAAUCAACUCUAUAUACAACUCCAAAGACCACAUCAAACCCCAUGAUAUCAUCGAAAGCAGACAAGUAGCGCCCAAAGGACGCAUAGUUGGUGGCACUCAGUCGUCGUUUGGGGAAUGGCCCUGGAUGGUGUCUUUGCGGCAGUGGAAGAAAAACUCGUUUCUGCAUAAGUGUGGGGCCGCUCUCCUCAAUGAGUAUUGGGUUAUAACAGCCGCGCAUUGCGUUGAGAAUGUAUCGCCGACUGAUUUGCUGCUAAGACUCGGAGAGUUCGACGUCAGUCAUGAGAGAGAGCCCUUCCCUUAUAUUGAGCGUCGAGUGCAGAUAAUAGCCCCUCACCCGCAGUUUGAUCCCCGAACCUUUGAGUACGACAUAGCCUUGCUCCGUUUUUACGAACCCAUUCACUUUCAGCGCAAUAUUGUUCCAGUUUGUAUUCCUCAACAUAAUGACAGUUAUGUCAAUCGGUGGGCAACUGUCACCGGUUGGGGUCGACUCUAUGAGGACGGACCACUGCCUGAUGUGGUGCAACACGUGGACGUGCCCAUCAUUACUAACAAAGAGUGCGAAGGCAUGUAUAGACGGGCCGGUUAUAUAGAAGAUAUUCCCAAUAUUUUCAUAUGUGCCGGACUGGCCAAAGGGGCCAAAGACUCGUGUGAAGGAGACAGUGGCGGACCUUUAGUUUUAGAAGAUAAUGAGAGAUGGAAUUUAGUUGGAAUUAUCAGUUGGGGUAUAGGAUGUGCGCUUCCCAAUCAACCUGAGUGUGGUGUCCGUCCCCUGCGUCCAAUGAGUGGGCGAGUAGUGGGCGGAAGGAAUGCCCAUUUCGGUGAGUGGCCGUGGGUUGUACUGGUCAAGGAGGCCACGUGGUUGGGACUAUUCGUUAAGACUAAAUGUGGUGGAGUUCUGAUCGAUUAUAAAUGGGUCCUGACAGCCGCCCACUGCCAGCCCGGAUUCUUAGGUACACUUGUGGUGGUUCUCGGAGAAUAUGACUUAACGGGUGAUAUUGAAAGUCUUAAACCAGUGGCCAAACGAGUCAAACGAAUGAUAGUUCAUCGCGACUACAAUCCCAACACCUUUGAGAACGACAUCGCGCUCCUCGAACUGGAAAGUCCUUUCGAAGUACAGCCACAUGUCGUUCCCAUUUGUUUGCCACCGGCCCAUGAGACCGACUAUGUGGGCAAAGUGGCGUAUGUGGCCGGUUGGGGCAAAUUGAGCUAUGGUGGUUCCAUCCCAAGUAUCCUACAAGUGGUGAAACUGCCGAUCCUAGCGAACAGCGACUGUCAGAAUAUGUUCUUAGACUCGGGACAUAUCAAAGCCAUUCGCGACACAUUUGUUUGCGCCGGUUAUCUGAGUGGAGGCAAAGAUUCGUGUGAAGGCGACUCCGGCGGUCCUCUCAUGUUACCACAAGCGGACGGCCGUUGGGUUCUCGUCGGAACCGUUUCUCAUGGCAUUCGUUGCGCUGAACCCAAUUUGCCCGGAGUUUACAUGAAGACAUCUGCCUAUAGGGCAUGGAUUGACAGCCAUAUCACCAAAACAAACAACAAAUUAAAGAAAUCUGUUUGA